AGAUCGCCCAGGCCUCUCCAACGAAACGUCCCUCUGUCACCCCCAAGUGCGGCUCUUGCAACAGCUGUUACCGCCGGCGCCAGUGGGACCUAAUCCAGCCCGGCAGAGGUCACAGCGGAGAAGCGAUGUCCCACCGAAGUUCUGGCAGGAGCCUCGGGCCGCCAGCGCCGCAGCUGCUGCUGCUGCCCUUGCUGCUGCAGCUUUCCUGGGCAGCCGCCGUGCGCCAACAUAAGCAACCAGGAAUCUACUAUGCAACUGCAUACUGGGUACCUCAUUCGAAGUCAGUGGAAGUCAGGAACGUGCUGGACAAGAAUGGGGAUGUCUACGGCUUCUACAAUGACUCCAUUACAGUCACAGGCUGGGGCAUCCUGGAAAUCAGAGCUGGGUAUAGCUCUCAGAUCCUGCCCAAUGAGAUCAUCAUGUUUCUGGCCGGCUACCUCGAGGGCUACCUCACGGCUCCACACAUGUCCGACCACUUCACGAACUUGUACCCACAGUUGAUCAAGAACCCUUCCGUCAUGGAUAAAGUGCAGCGCUUCAUGGAGAAGCAAGAUAUAUGGACUCGGAAAAACAUCAAAGAACAGAAGGAUGACCCAUUUUGGAGACACACCGGCUAUGUCAUGGCCCAGCUGGACGGGCUUUAUGUCGGAGCCCUGAAAAGGGCUUACAUUGAAAAUAUGAAGCCCAUGACGAUGGCCCAAGUUCAGUUCCUGAAUGCCGUUGGGGACCUGCUGGACCUCAUUCCCUCUCUGUCUCCCACAAAAGGCGGCAACAUGAAGGCGUUCAAGAGAUGGGACAUGGGCCACUGUUCUGCUCUUAUUAAGGUCCUUCCUGGAUUUGAGAACAUCUAUUUUGCCCACUCAAGCUGGUACACAUACGCAGCCAUGCUCAGGAUCUAUAAACACUGGGACUUCAACAUCAAGGACAAGUACACCACCAGCAGCCGGCUCUCCUUCAGCAGCUACCCAGGGUUCUUGGAGUCUCUGGAUGACUUCUACAUUCUUAGCAGUGGCCUGGUACUGCUACAGACCACCAACAGUGUGUAUAAUAAAACCCUGCUGAAGUUCGUGGUCCCUGAGUCUCUCCUGGCCUGGCAAAGAGUCCGCGUGGCCAACAUGAUGGCAGUCGGUGGUAAGGACUGGGCAGAGAUCUUUUCAAGGUACAACUCUGGUACCUACAACAAUCAGUACAUGGUCCUGGACUUGAAGAAGGUGGCCAUCAAGAAAAGCCUUGACAAAGGCACUCUGUAUAUCGUGGAGCAAAUUCCUACAUACGUAGAAUAUUCAGAACAAACCAAAGUUCUAAAAAAAGGAUACUGGCCUUCCUACAAUAUCCCUUUCCAUGAAAAGAUCUACAACUGGAGUGGCUACCCGCUGUUGGUUCAGAAGCUUGGUUUGGACUACUCUUAUGACUUAGCUCCACGAGCCAAAAUCUUCAGGCGCGACCAAGGGAAAGUGAUUGAUGUGACUUCCAUGAAAUACAUCAUGCGAUACAAUAAUUAUAAGGAGGACCCCUACAGUAAGGGUGAUCCCUGCAAUACCAUCUGCUGUCGUGAGGACCUGAAUGAAGCCAGUCCCAGCCCUGGAGGUUGCUAUGACACCAAGGUGGCAGACAUCUUCCUUGCGUCUAAGUAUGCAGCCCAUGCCAUUAGUGGUCCCACAGUACAAGGUGGCCUUCCUGCCUUUAACUGGAAUCGGUUCAACAAAACUCUUCAUGCGGGGAUGCCAGAAGUCUAUGACUUCGAUUUUGUUACCAUGAAACCAAUUUUGACACAGUGAGGAUGGAGGAGGAAAAGGACGCUGUGAAUACGACUCCAAAGGCACUAUAUUUAGCUCUAUUUUCCCAUCUGUACAUUUACUAAAAAAAUACUAAAUUCCCUUCCAUUUCUCAGAUUUUUGGCAUUUUACAGCAAAACCAUUUCCUGCAGGGUGGAGAGCGAAAUGAACACACAUGAAAGGACAGAAGCCAUCCUCCCCUCCUCUGCCUGCAGAUGCCAAACACAGCCCAUGGUAUAACCAAGCUCUAACCAAUUGAGCUUGAUUGUAAGAUGAGGGUCAUUUUCAGUCAAAAGCCAUUUUAAGACACCUGCACCUCCCGUGUUUGUUCUCCUUCCCCUGCUGGCCAAUGCCAACGGCAAAGCCCAAACAGGAGGCACUGUGACCCUAUCUAACAAGGCAGUGGGUCUACAGAGCAACUUCUUCAAAGCUAGGGAAUAACGUGGGGGUUGAGUGCCAGGGAAUUGCCAAACAGGUUAAAUAAGACACACUGAACAGUGAGCACACACACGCGCCGGGAACUCUCGGAAUGAACUGGAGUACUCAGAAUGUUAAAAACCCAAUCAUUUAUUUCAGAGUACAAAUUUCAGGCUUGCUGGACAAAUCCCCACUGCAGUUAACACGUACACAAACAGCACUCUACUAUACAUGGAGGAAAGAGAAUGAAAACUGUCAAAACCUAACAGAAAAUAGGGCAACUUGCUACAGUCCAGUUAAUGAGACCUCAGGAAGGCCUUACAUCAUUUUAUUAUUUACACAUUCAACCGCAAUGAACAAAAAUCAGAUUGCAGGUUGUCCUGCGAGGGGCUUAUUUUUACAUUUAUGUUUGAAAUUGUUAAUAAAUCUCAAGCUAGGA